UAAAAAAAAAAAAAAAAAAAAAACGAAAUAGUCUCUAAUACGUCCUGCUGCUAAGACUACUGUUAUUACCACAAAAAAAAAAAACCGCAAACAAAAAAAAACGGCUUUUCUCAUUGAAAUGCCAAUACGAAAACUGCUGUUGCUUGUAAUCGUGGUGUUCACCAGCGCAGCAGCAGAAAGACAGAAUGUCGUCUCUUUGGAGGCUGCAAUGAGUAAGUUCACUUUCUGCCACCUAACACGGGCCUCGUCCUCCAAAACCGGUCUCAGAUACCUCAACUUCCUGAGCCGACCGGUCGGGGGCCAGUCUGGGGCGCUUGUACUAUACCAGAGUACCUGGGACAAUUCUCACCGGCUCCAGGAGUGCGUCAGCACCGAUGAGCCGGUCCUCACGAAGACCUACCUUUCUUACUGCCAAGAGGGGCUCCAGACGAACUCCACUUUCACAAACAGACCGGAGAUCCUGCAGGACGCCCGUUCUCUGGUUGAACCCACCAGCCCGUGUGUCAGCAGUGCUUUGCCAGAGAAUGACGCCGAACCUGCCCGGCGAGAGAGGAGGGCUGCGGCGGCUGGAGAAUUGGUGCACAAGCCCCCUGAGGAGAGUUCCGGGGAUUCAAAUCCCAGGAGUGGAGACACAGCGCGGAGGAAAAAGCGAGCGUGGAUCGUACCCGGGACUCUUUGGUGUGGAAGAGGAACUGCAGCGCAAAACUUCACUGACUUAGGGGUCUUUGACCAGGCAGACCAGUGCUGCAGAGAACACGACCACUGUAAAGAGACGAUAUCAGCAUUCAAAAUAAAAUAUGGGAUCUUCAACCAUCACCUGUACACUCUGUCCCACUGCGAGUGUGACCAACAGUUCAGACAGUGCCUGUUUGGUGUGAACGAUACCAUCGCUAAUCUGGUUGGGUAUGGCUUCUUCAACGUCAUUAAGAUGUCCUGCUUCGUCUUCGAACCCAAAGUACAGUGCACCCGGAUGUACUGGUGGGGUGGGUGUAAGAAAAAACAGAAAGCACCUUUCGCCGUCCUCCGUCCUGCCACACCGUACAAUGUCACUCACCCUGCAGAGGAGGAGACGGACAUGGGCUGGAGACCCAAAUCCAAAUCAGAAUCGGGCACCAGGGGCAGCCAAGGGGCCUCCCCCAAGACAAUCGGCACCACAGAGCCACCUAGUGGGGGGAAGCAAGCCUCCAAACCACCCCGCAGGACAACCCCAGGCCACGAGCGCAAGCAGAAGCAGGGCAAGAGGGGGCAAAACCAAGGACACGCAGGGGUGGUGGGAGAGUCCAAAGUGACAGGGAACAGUGGGGGUAAAAAUCCCCUUUUGGAAAGUACCACAUUGCCAGACAACAGAGGAGACAAAAAUACAGUUUUGGAAGAGUCCACAACGGUAGUGAACAGAGGGGGGGAAACCACCACACCGGAAGGUCCAGAGUUGCCAGGAAGUGGAAGGGGAGACACCCCAGAAAGAGGUCAUUGGCUGUCGGGUCACAGGUCAGAGAAUGCCCUGCCCGUGGUUAACCCUUUGUUUCCUGGUGAAGAUAACCAUGAAUCUGAUGGUAUGAGGCUCAACAGACCACCCCCUGUGAGGGUGGUACCCGAGGGACACUAUAAAUCCCAGAGCUGUAACUGUUACAAGCGCUUGGAUCAGUGCAAACACAAAAUCAGCCCUCACGAGGAGAGAUUCCAGCUGCAGAACACAGAGGCCAAGACACUGUACCACUGCGACUGCACACGCAGGUUGGCACAGCGUCUGCGCAGGAUGAGGGAGCCCAACUCAGUGGAGUCUCUGCUCUACAGCUUCGUCUCCUUGUCCUGUUUUGACCUGCGAGAGCGAGAGGAGUGUGACCAGGAGGGCCGGUGCACCACACAGCAAACUGCUGUCCUUUCAAGGGCGAGACACCUCCGUAAAGUCCUGAAGACUCGGCGGAGCGCUGAGGGGAAGGAGCGGGUCGAGGGAGCCCCCAAAGUGAAGAGACGGGCCACCAGCAUGCCCAGGCCAGUUCCACUGUACGACAGGUGUCUGAAUAUGGUCGACUCCAGACUGAAACCAGAAUUACUCACAGCCACCACAGACUGGAAUAUCUCAAAAGGGAGCAGACAUUAAUCCAUCACUUUUAAAUAGAGGCAUUACAUGCCUUUCUAACUCUUCAGGGUGUUGACAUUUGGCGCCCCCUUCUGGAGCAGGGUACAUGUUGGAAAGCCAGUUUUUUGCUUAAGUUACAUCCCUUUUUCUAAAUGCAAAACACGAAUACAACAGUGAAUGUUCAUUUAAGUAAUUUCGAGUUGACAGGUUGUAUUUGCUUUCAGGAGAUAAGGCGCACAUCCUGUACUGAAGCAAAAAACGCUUUUCAGAAUCCUAACUAUAAGUAUUACAAAGUUGCAACCAUUGCUAACUUAAGUGUGCCGUUCAUGAAAACGUUUGUUAUAUGGUCCAUAUCAGACAACUGGCAAGCCUGUGACGUUUGAUGAUCAAACUUCUGACUGAUCCAUCACUAGAGAAAUGUUGGCCAUAAUGGCCAGCUUAUUUAUUGUACAGAGUGUAUAUUUUGUAAAGUUUUCUUAAUUUUAAAAUCAUGUUUAUGAUAGAAGUAUAGAUGUUAUAUUGCAUUUUGUUUUUGUAAUUUUGGUUUCUUUUUUUGUGACAGCUGUAUUAUAAGUCUGAUUAGUUAUUGAUGACAUGAGCAGGGGAGUGUACAGAUUAAUUUAUAGGUGCCUGUGGAUUUUGUAUAUAGCUCAUUGAAUACAAAGGGAGUGGAUUGUUUACCUGUCUAGAGUGAAGUCUAAUAAAGUAAGUGUUUGUAAGAUCCUUGUGUCUAUGUCUUGUGUCUCUAUAAAGGUCACACAGAAUGUCAUGGUGCUGUCCAGGUGUCUAUGCUGUGGUCUUAUUCACUGUAAUAAUACCACACAUUAUAGACUUGUUUAUAAUGCCAACAGUUCCAAAGGAAGUGGGGAUUAAUGCUAUUUUACUGUAAGUCAAUGAAUACAGAAGACCUUCCCAUUAUAUUAAUUCAAGCAGCCAUUAAAAAAAAAAAAAAAAUCACAUUGACUUGUUUGCAGCAUUUCUGACUCUAUCUUGCAAUGAUUCAAAUACUUUGGUAAAUCUGUGCAGUAAUCUGCAUAACCUUUGUAUGAAUAGUGGUAAAGACACCAAUACUGUUACAUGUGUAAACUAGUUUCUGCGUCUCUUUCUUGGUGUUUUUACAUAUGAAAAUAUUCUGUAUAGGUACAGUUCUGAGCUACAGGUUUGGCUUAUGAUUAGCAGAGUGCGAGUGCGAGUCUGUGUGUGUCAGUGUGACUGUUGGGAGCUAAAGAAAGGAUGCUUUACUUGCACUUCUGUGUUAUUGUGGGCAGAUGUUUCAAAUGCUUCAUCUGGCUUUGCCCACAUUUGCAGAAGGGCUUGUUCCCUUUGUGGUGUGGAGCCUGCAUUGUGCUUCCAUGUUCUGGUUACACUGACUUCUACCCAAGAUUUUCAAAUCCAAUUCCUCAAUUCACAAAAGUGAAGAACUCAGCACAAUAAAGGAGAACCAGUAAUAAUGUUAAUAAAGCAAAUAAGAGGUCUCAGUUUUAAAGUAUUGGUACAGAUCUUCUAGCUUGCAGCAUGAUGUAAGCGAGAUUCCUAAUUUAUAGAGGCACUCCCACACACACCCGAGGCACCACAUCACCCAGCUUCACAGAAUAUGAAAGCGAUCGUACUGAUUAGGUUAUUAUCCCUCGGGGAGGGGGAAGGGGAAGGGGAAGGGGAAGGGGAAGGGGAAGGGGAAGGGUAUGUGUAAGUGUAUCACACUUCAGUUUUUGGAUCUAUAGAGAUCCAGUUAUCAGCUUGCUGUGAUUGGUACACACAUUGCUUAACAUAAUAUAAGAAACUUGGUCGUGAAGUUGCUUAGCUUGUGGAUUUCUGCCUUUUACAAAGUUGGAAAGACCUUGGUGUUUAGGAAUUUCCCUACAGGCCAAGCACAGUUUAUACUACAUACUGUAGACCAGCAGUAUGUUAGAUAUAGUUUAGACUAUUGUUAAAUGAACGCUUUGUUUGGGCACAAGUUAUUAAUUCUAGCAUAUUGAA